UGGCCUCAAAGAUGCUGCGUCUGCUGAUCUGGCUGGGACUUGCUGUUGUGCUGGGGAUAUUUAUCCAGGGCAUUCGGUCGGACUGCAAUGUCUGUUCUGGGGAUAGCAACGUGGCCUGCGUCUCGAACACUGCCUUCCAGUUUUGUUCCGCCCAGGAGCUGCCAACGGGAGCCGUGUACAACUGUCCCACGGGAUAUUACUGCACGGCGAAUGCUGCUAUCUGCGAUGCCAACGAAGGCUUGAGAUCCUGCGUGGGCUGUGGCACCUGCAAUGCGGACAACACUUUUGCUUGCACAAGCGCCACCACCUUUGCCUUGUGCCUGGGCAGCACUACGCCAUCACAGAUCGUGGGAAACUGCGGAACGAACUAUGUCUGCGACUGGAACAAUCCGAAUAUAUGCGGCACCACCGCCACUGGAUCUCAGGCCACGUGCCCGGGCAGCAAUGACGGAGUUCCCGGAGUGGAUCCCACUACCAUGACACCCACGGAAUACUGCGCCACCAUCCAGCAGAGCGGAAGAUUUCCCUAUGGCAUUGACCUGACAACCACCUGCAGGCAGUACAUCUACUGUCACGUGAAUGCAAGUGUCUGGAUCGGAGGUCUCUACGACUGUCCUGGCUUAACCUACUUCAACAGCACCUCCAGACUCUGCGGAACUGGGGUUCCCCCACGAUGCACUUCCGGUGUGGCCACUUUGAGCCUAACAACCUAACAAACCUAUAGAUCUAAGCCUGCAACACCCGAUUUUAAUAAAUUAAAUGGAAGAAAAACUAAUAUAAAAGAAGUAUUAUAUAAAUAACCGAGUAAUUCAAUUAAAUAAAUGCUAUGAGAAGUG